GCACUCACACAGACGCACGCACACACACAUGACCACAUUCCUCUCCUCACUCAGGUGACAAGUUCAGGAGGUGGAGGGGGGUUGAUGAAUGGAGAGAAAGAGAGAGAGAGAGGGAGAACGAGAGAGAAAGCUGGAGAGAGAGAACAGAGUGGGAGAGAGGUAGAAACGGCAGGCAGAGCAGAAAUUGUGAGAAAGAGAGGGAAUGAGGUAAAGGAGAAAGAGAGGAACAGGCAAGGAAAAACGGUGUGGGUGUGUGGGAGAGAGAGAGAAAGAGAGAGAGAGAGAGAAUAUGUGAGGAGGUGAAGAAAUGAGUGAGGAGUGGCCAAAGGAACAAGUGCAGAACAGAGUCGAGAGAGAGGGAGAGACAGAUAGACAGAUAGAAAGGUGAGAAAGAGAGAGAAAGUGAAGGAGAUAGAAUCAAGGAGAGAGAUAGCUGCAGUCGUCUUAAUCGUGUGACGCGAUUGGCUAAUGAAUCGCUGUCUUUUACCUGGGAUUUGAUUGGUUGGCAGCUGUCUGUUGGACUUGAAGACUCUUCUCACACCUAUACAGAUACCACAACAGGUGAUGGCUAGCUCCCUGUACUACCUGAUCCCGGCACUAGGGGGCUACACUGUGGCAUCCUAUUUCCUGCUCAAGAAUCCUCAACUGCUUCACAAACCCAAACAUGCAGCAUUCCACGCCAAACACAUCUCGCACCGCGGGGGAUGUGGAGAGAAAAUUGAGAGUACCAUGGAGGCUUUCAGACAUGCGGUGGCUUUGGGCACGGACAUGUUUGAGUUGGAUUGUCACCUGACGCGUGACGGACGUGUGGUCGUGUCACAUGACGAACGGCUGCUGAGACAGACAGGACGAGACGUCACCAUAUCAUCACUAGACUACCAGGAGCUGCCACUGUAUAAAGAGAGAUUAGAGGUGACCUUCAACACAGGCCACUUCAGCUGUGGAGAGGACAGGAAGUUCCUGCUAUUGGAAGACCUGUUCCGCACCUACCCCACAAUGCCCGUCAACAUCGAGGUCAAGGGGAAGAACCCCGCCCUGAUAGCCCAGGUAUCUGAGCUAGUGAAGCGCUAUGACAGAGAGCACCUGACCAUCUGGGCAACAACCAGCUCCAGCAUUAUGAAGAUCUGCAGAGACACGAACCCCAGUAUGCCCUACAUGUUCACGGUGUCUCGGGCCCUCUUGCUCCUCCUCCUCUUUUACUCCGGACUCCUCCCCUUCCUGCCCCUUGGAGAACACUUCCUGCAAUUCUACUUACCCAGAGUAAUAAACAGGACAUUUAUACCAGAGUCUAAACUGCUCCAAAACAAAAUGGCCAUCAAACUGAUUCAGAAACUGACCAUGAGAAAGAGUCUGUUUGAACACCUCGUCAAACGCGGAAUACAGGUGCAGUUGUUUGUGUGUAAUACUGAUGAGGACAUCAGAGCUGCGUUUGCUGCAGGAGCCACAGGGGUCAUGACGGACUACCCCACUCUACUCAGAGACUACCUCAACACACACGCCACAUAACACACACACACACACACACACACACACACACACACACACACACACACACACACACACACACACACACACACACACACGCACACACACACACACACACACCACACAUUACAACAUUAUUAACACACACACUACAUCACACACAGUGGCGGAACAAUUGCACAUAGGGCCCCAGGGCUAGACACUUAUAGGGCCCUCCAUACGGCCUGCCCUUGUCACAAUAGGGCCCCCACUACCAACACAGGAGGGCCCUGGGCCCACGGGCAAAUGUCCUGCUUUCCCUUCCUAUAUCUCCGCCCCUGAUCACACACAUUAACGAACACACACAAUGCACAUGCGCGCGC